UUAUAAUUUCAGUCUGUGAGGCGACACAUUAAAUGAUACAACAGUUUUGAUUUUUUUUUCACAUUUGAAAAACGUGAAUUAAACCGUUAUGGGGCGAAUAAAACUUUACCACAUCCUCCUUCUCACCUUUUUGAGUCCAAUAAAAGCUCAAAGAUGCAAAUUAACAUCGCGCGAAAUAAAUUGUUCGGGAAACGAUUUAAACAAAAUCCCAAUGUUUCAAAACACCGGAAAUAUAGAAAUUCUCGAUUUUUGCGACAACGAAAUUGAAGAGUUAUAUAAAGCGAAUUUUUAUAACUUCACAAAUUUGAAACAACUACGUUUAAACUUCAACAACAUCGUUUACGUCGAAGAUAACACAUUCGAAAAUUUAAUUCAACUAGAAUCGUUGGAUUUAUCCAAAAACAUUUUAGAAGAAGUCCCCGAUGAGCUAAUUUCAACAAACAAAAAAAUAAUAACACUAAAUUUAUCCAACAAUUUAUUCAGCUCAAGAACACCCUCUUUGUAUUCAUCGAGUUUGGAGAAUUUAGAUUUAUCUUGGACCAAAAUUUCUUAUUUCACCGAAGAGAACAUUGUGGGAUUACCAAAUUUAAAAACGUUAAGUUUAAACGCGAACAAUUUGAUUCAUGUAAAUCCGGAGAUUUUUAAAUUGCCGAAAUCGUUUUCUUCCGUUAAUUUAAACUUUAACAGCUGGGCUUGUAAUUGCGAAACGAUUAAGAUGUUUAAAAAAUUAACCGAAGAAAAUCUAUUUAAAGUUGAUAACGAUAUUAAUUGUUAUCGCGAAAAUCGAAUCGAAGCGAUUUAUGGUAAAAAUGGCCCAAUUUCGAAACGAUUAAACUGCGAAAAACACAACAACGACUCUUUAAUAAAUGGAAUUAAAUCGUUGGAGGAAAUUUUAAAAAUGGAAAAAAUUUAUUAUCAAGAAUUAAGGAAAGAAAAGGAUGUUUUAGUUUCAGUUACAUCUUUAACGAUGAAAAUUUUAAUCGUUGUUAUUUUUUUCGUUGGAAUUUCACUUGGUAUCUUAAUAUCAACGAUCAUGGAUAAAAGGAUAAGACAAAUUCGAAGAAGAGGAAUUUAUCGAUCCGAUUCUUUGUCAUAGUUUACAUUUAAAAAAAUAAGACUUUAAAUAAAACAUUUUUGGUGAAAGUGUAAAAACUUGAAGACGUUUUAUAUUUAGUGCGUUAUGGUGCUCGAAAAAAUGCUUAAAAAUAAAAAUAAUAAUUCACUCGUGCUUCUGCCCUUGCGGAUUUAUCUUGUUGAUGCUAAGAUAUAUUACUAUAAAUAUUUUAUCUAUAUCGUGACGAUUUACACGUGGAAUACGCGUUUCUAUUGUACAAAUAGAUUUUAAUUUGUAAUACGUAAUAAUAAUAAUAAUUUUUAUUCAA